GCGAAGUUAGAGUCAUGGAGGUCGUCUGCGGCCGAAGGGAAGAGACGGGCGUGUGAUGGUGGUCCGAGUCGAAUACGUUUUCGUUUAUUCGUGCGUAUCGGGUCGACGUUCGACGCCCGGAUAUCACCGGAAGACAUGAAGACGUCUUCGACGCGUCUACCGGCCUUCGUUUACUGGAUCGCGCUGUGGACCGGCGCCUCGUCUUCCAAAGAUGUUAAAUUUGCCAACUUUCAUUUUACCAUUGAGCCUAGUGAUAAUGUCAUAGUCAAAGAUAGUUCGGCAAUUUUAAAAUGUUCGGCUGUAGGAAGUCCCGAACCAGUAAUUCACUGGAAAAGAGAGGGUUCGGUUGUUCAAUUUGACGACGACAACAGAAGAUCAAUUCUUCCAAAUGGCUCACUUCAUUUUGCUCGCAUUUAUCAUACAAGGUCGGAAAGACCAGACGAAGGCAUUUACCAGUGUAUUGCUACUAUAGAAAAUAUCGGAACAAUAGUCAGCAGAUCCGCAAAAUUACAAAUUUCUUCUUUACCCCGAUUUGAUGAACAACCAGAAGAUAUUAAUGUUCAUUUGCAUCAGAGCGCAUAUCUUCCUUGUGCCAUACAAGGGAUUCCUCCCGCUACGAUAACGUGGCUGAAGGACGGACAUCCGUUAAACGUAGAAUCUUCUCGCAUGAUGGUACUGCCGAGCGGAGCGCUAGAAAUUGACUUUGUUAAGAAAUCCGAUGCCGGAAUAUAUCAGUGUAAUGCGACAAAUAUCGAGAAGUUUCGUCUCAGUUCUCAGGGUAUUCUUAAUGUCAAUGCAGAUUACGCAGAAAGAAAAAGGAUAUCGGCUCCUCAAUUUAUCGUUACACCCAAGAACAUGAUUGCAAAAGAAAAUGAUACAGUAACAUUAGAAUGUGCAGCUAAUGGUGAUCCCAAACCUAAAAUUCUGUGGCUAAAAGAUGGUAUCACAAUUGAUAUGGCUCAUUUAGAUAGUCGUUUCCAAGUAGUAGGAAUAGGAAGUCUGCAAAUAGAAAACAUUCGAGAAGGAGACGAAGGUACCUACAUGUGCAGGGCCGAAAAUCUCGAGGAUUCCGAGGAUGCCAGUGCUACAUUAGAAGUGCAAGUGCCUCCACAUUUCAUAGAACAACCAGAAAAUAAAUACGCUUACGAAAAGGAAGAUAUUGAAUUUAAAUGCGAAGUUUAUGGUAAACCACAGCCGACCGUUCAAUGGUUAAAAAAUGGCGAAAUAAUUACUCAAACUGAAUAUUUUCAAAUUGUGAACGGAUACAAUCUUAGAAUUCUAGGAUUAGUGUAUUUGGAUGCAGGAAUGUAUCAAUGCGUGGCUACUAAUCCCGUUGAUAAUAUACAAGCAUCUGCUCAACUAAUUAUUUUGGAUAAUGACUUUCCCCAUCCCACUACUCAUGCUACUAUCACUACUUUACAUCUGGAUCGAACUUCAGGAGAUCAACCUCAUUCCAAAGAUGCACCUUCUCAGCCUCAAGAUGUUUCUGCAGUAAUCGUAUCCACUAGAUUCGUUACCUUGUCCUGGCGCGAACCCGCCAAAGCAAAUAAUAUCUUUGCUUAUUCUGUUUAUUAUAGAGAAGAAGGUUCUACUAGAGAACGGGUGGUCAAUACUUCCAAAUCGAGAUUAGAAGAAGUGAGCAUUCAGGGAUUAAAACCGUCUACGUCUUAUUUCUUUCGAGUGGUCGCUUAUAAUCAGCAUGGAGCCGGAAAGAGUUCCGAAGAAAUUAUGGUCGAAACACAGGAUGAAGUCGAUGUUCCUGGUCCUCCUCUCGAGUUGUCGGCGCAGCCGCUGUCGGCGACUUCUAUUCUCGUACAGUGGCAUCCUCCGGUUAUUUUAAACGGACCCAUCCAACAGUAUAAGUUGUAUUACAUGGAAGUGGGCACGUCGGAGGAACACGAAGUCAUUACGUCGGAGCCAAAGUACAUUUUGCAAGGAUUAAAAAAGUAUGCGGAAUACAGUUUUUGGGUGAUUGCGGAAAAUCAGAACGGUCCCGGACAGAGUACAGACGAAGUUGCCGCCACAACGUAUCAGGACAUUCCCAGUGAUACACCACAGAAUGUGACUUUAGAAGCCGCUAGCUCAACGAGUAUUAUUGUCAGAUGGGAACCGCCACCGAAAGAAUCGCAAAAUGGAAUUAUUACGGGAUAUAAAAUAAGAUAUAAACAAAAGGGGAGCCGGAGAGGCGAAACCGUUACGACUGACGGCAAUAGACGAUUGUACGCUCUGACAGGUCUAGAAAGAGGACUUCAGUAUUACGUAAAGUUAUCUGCUUUAUCCAUUAACGGAAGUGGUCCUUCGACCGAAUGGAUUGCGGUAGAAACUUAUCAGAACGAUCUGGACGAGAGCAGAGUACCAGACCAACCUCACUCUCUCCGGGCUCGACCGUCGUCCAAUUCCAUUUUUGUAAGUUGGGCACCGCCUAGAAAUCAAAAUAUUAUGGUGCGUGGUUAUACUAUUGGUUGGGGAAUUGGCUUUCCGGAUGUUUAUACAAAAGUACUGGAUGGAAAACAGAGAUAUUAUGCUAUAGAAAAUUUGAUUCCCUCUUCGGAAUAUGUCAUAAGUUUACGAGCUUACAAUCAAGUCGGGGACGGAAGACCGAUUUAUGAGACCGUAAAGACACUGAUUGAAACAACCCCGGAACCUCUAACGCCGAUGAUACCGCCGGUAGGCUUGAAGGCAAUCGUUUUAUCUUCUACAACGGUAGUUCUGUAUUGGACGGACACGACUCUGUCUCGGAACCAAAUCGUCACCGACAACAGAUACUAUACCGUCAGAUACACUAGCUAUUCCUACUCUGCAAAUCCAAAGUACAGAUAUUUCAACUCGACGGAACUGAAUUGCAUGAUUGAUAAUUUGAAGCCCAAUACUCAGUACGAAUUUUCCGUUAAAGUUACGAAAGGGCGCCGAGAGAGUACGUGGAGUAUGAACGUCUUGAACACCACUCAGGAAGCCGCUCCGUCAUCUCCUCCUAGAGAUUUAACCAUAUUUGCUAGUGAAGAUGAUCCGACUACUAUAAAUUUGCAUUGGCAGCCUCCGAAAUUUCCAAAUGGACAAAUAACAGGUUACGUAAUAUUUUAUACCACCGACAACACGCAAAAAGACAGAGAUCGUGUGGUCGAGGGCGUGGUGGGAGACAAAAUGACAGCCACGCUGAAAGGUCUGACUGCCGACACCACAUACUAUUAUAAAAUUCAAGCCCGAAACAACAAAGGUUACGGUCCGAUGUCCGCCGAAGUCACUUUUCGUACCGGUUCCGGUUUAGCUAAUGCACCCGGAGCCUCUUAUCAGGAUGGCCGCGGUCUGACCAACAACAUGCUGUACAUCAUCAUCGCCUGCGUGUCCGGAUUCACCCUGCUGGUCAUCGUGGUGGUCAGCGCCGUCGUCUGUCGUCGUCGUCGGGGUUACCUCGGACCCGUCAGAAACAAAGGGUACGGCUCGGGAAAAGGAACAGCCAAAGGUAAAAGCGCGGGCAAGGAGAUAAAACCUCCCGACCUGUGGAUUCACCACGACCAGAUGGAGCUCAAGUCCAUGGACAAAGGCAACAACGGGGAGACGACCAUGACCGUCACCCCCAUUCCUCGCAACUCGCAGGAGCUGGGAGACGAGUCGCUGCUGGACACGCUGGAGAGAAAGAAGGCCGCCUACGUGGCCGUGGCCCCCGCCGUUCCGGUUCCGGUUCCCGAAGCGGGACCCGACCGGCCCCACGAGGGAUCCUCCGGCAGUCUGACCCGGCCGCCCUAUCCCCGGACGCAGUACAACAUCCCCCGGGCCCACGUGACGUUGGACGCCGCCCGGCCGGGCACCUCGUCGGAAGCCGCCGGCCUUCCCUCCUACGAGCAGGUGACCACCUCCUCGCCCCGGCAGCCCCCUCCAGCCGGCGCCGGGCCCGGCCCGGGGCAGCGGGCCGCCUACACAAGUGCACUUAUCGUGGCCGGCGCGGCCGAGGCGGCGGGCAAGCGAGCGGCGGGUCACCCGCUGAAGAGCUUUAGCGUGCCCGCUCCCCCACCGCAGAGCGCGCCGGCCACGCCCCAGCCCAAGCACGCCGUCAAACCGCCGCAGAGUUGCAGUCCGCACAAGAAAGCGUCGGCGGUGCCCGGCGCUCCGCCCGCUCCCGCCCAGCCGUCGCGUCCGGCGGCGGCCCGGACGCGCGAAGCGGAGCAGCAGGACUCUUCCAAGGACGACGCCCCGCCCUUGUCUUACAGCACGGAGGAGCUGAACCAGGAGAUGGCCAAUCUGGAAGGACUGAUGAAGGACCUGAACGCCAUCACCGCCUCCGAGUUCCAGUGCUGAGAUCUCCCGUGCCAUCCCCUGUACAUAGCGCUCCCUUUUUCUUUUUGUAGAAACGCGCGGGCGGAGGCUCGUCUCUCCUCCCGUCCCUCCCCGCCCCGGAGGGGGUCGGGCUCGUCCGAAGACUCCGCCCUGUGUACAUACCACCCGAAUAUUUAUUGCGGGAGCCGUUCUCCGCCUUCCCCGAAGGAAAUACGUAAUUUAUGCGGACUCGGCCGUACUUUUUUAUACGAAUUUACACUCGGUCUCUCUCCGCCUCGUCUCGUGUACCGUUCGAACGAUUUUAUAGUAAAGAUCUUUUUAAAUAA